AAAAAAAAAGGCUGAACUCAUGUCCUCGCGUGCUGUUUCGCCGGCAUCGUCCUUGCUCGUUGUUUCGCGCGCGCGAACAUAGCCGGAAUCUCGAACCAGACGCCAGACGCCCGCGCGAGGUGCCUUACGCGAGACGCGUUUUCGAAUUCGAAUAUUUUCGCGAACGCGUCUCGUUUUCCUUGCGUCUCAAGUGCCUCAACCUCACCGCGCGCAGUGUUCGAUCUGACAACGUCAGACGAUGAUGGAGGUGUGUUUCGCGUUUAAUUAUCGCUCGUCGAACUCGCCAGUCUUAUUACGGAGAUAACCUUGUUAUUCCAUGUUGAUACAGCACAUUUGGAUUGCACGUGUUUUCGCGAUAAUAAAACGAGUUUUAUAGUAUUUUUUUACUGUUUCGAUAAGAACUAUUUAAACUCGAGCUUUUAAUAUUUAUCUGUCAGAAUUUAUAUGAGUUUAUUUUAUGUGUUGAACAGAUUGUGCUGACACACAGAUCACUGUGCGAUUCUGUCAGCGAUGAGCGAAGAAAUCAAUGCGGAGGAAACCAAUGCGUCCUACUUGACCUGUGAUAUAAAUGGUACGAGAUAUCUUUACAAACUCACGCCGUCACCAACGGAAAUAGUGAAAGAUUCGACAUUGAGUGAGGAGCAAGGCACACUUGACAUUGUUGAUAAAGAAACUGAAUUAGACAAUGGAGAGGAAUCGAUUUCGUUAGUGUGUCUAAAUGGACAGGUAUACGCGAUUAGGAAUGGAUUGAUUGAAGGAUGGGAACCUGGCAACCAAUUUGCUGAGUCCAAUUGUCAUGAGAAGAUACUUUUGAUAUCGAAAGACCUGGAAAACAAUGAUAACUACAUCACCAAGGAAAAUAUAGUGAUCGGAAAUCCAUAUGGGGAUCAAGAUGAGGAGCUUAAUUAUGAAGAUGCAGCAGAGGAAGUGGAAAAGGAACUUGUUGCAGAGCAACACAUUAACAUCGACGAUCUAUUGGAAGUUGUAACUGCUUUCAAAUGCAAGAUGUGUCCUUACUUAUCCCAGGAUAAGAUGCAGUUAUUAGAUCACAUUCAAAAGCUACAUUUUAAAUCCACUGUAGACAUUGAGUAUCAUCAAUUAACAGACAUUGCGAGUGAUGAAGCUGGCAAAGAAAAUCUGACGGGUCUGAUGAAUCCUGGCUUGAUAUCCGAGCAUAAAAGUCAACAUAUAAAGAGCAGCAAAGUAGGAAAGAAUCCAGUAAAAAUUUCGAAGACCUUAAAUUCAGAAUAUAUGCGUAAUAGAAAGAUGAUAGAAUCAGGGGAAAGAACUGUGAAGUGUUCUUAUCAGAAUUGCCCAUACAAAUUUGCCUCGAAAGAAAUUAUGCAGCAACACGUCCUUUAUCACACAGAAUCUGAGACUGCGACAAAAUUCAAAUGCAACAUAUGUCGAGAUAUGAAAUUUACGAAGUGGCGCCAAUGUAGUUUGCAUCUAUGGAAAAGACAUCAAAUUGACAUAGAUUUGUACACCUGUAAAAUUUGUGGAGCCUACAAAAGUGCUACUGUGGUGAAACUCUUGACGCACAUGAGGGUGCACAGCGAUACUCGUGACUACAAGUGCCCCGAGUGCGAUAAAUGUUUCAAGCAAGCUAGCCAGUUACGUAAUCAUCGUAUAAUGCAUUUAGAUCGCAAAACAUUAGUAGAAGGUACGCGAUGGUACACUUCUAAGAAGUGCGACAUGUGUGGUAAAACUUAUGCGAACUCGAAAUGCUUGAAGAAUCACAUUCAAGCCGUGCACUCAAAGCUGCGUCCGUACGUUUGUAACGUUUGCGGUCAUGCCAGCGCCAGAAAGGCAAUGCUGCAAAUGCAUUUACGUCAACACACAGGAGAUAAGCCCUUCAGCUGUGAGAUUUGCGAAUACAAAACUGGAGAUCACAAUACCUUACGAAGGCAUGUUAUGCAACACACAGGAUUUCGACCAUACAAGUGUCCACAUUGCCCGUAUACCGCGAUACAGAGCAGCAGCUAUAAAAAUCAUUUAAAAUCGAAACAUCCUUUACAGUCUGGCUUAUUUACAUGCGAUCUAUGUCCUUUUAAAACGGUAAAAAAUGAAAGCUAUAUCCAACACUUAGGAGACCAUGAAAAAGGUUUAAUAAAAUCUAAUGUGCAGAAAAAGGAUAGCGAGAAUGUCGAAGUCUUUCCUGGCAACAUUGCAGCAGCGCAAUUGGUUUAUAGCUGUUUAGGUGCCUUUUCGAAAGAUGGGGAUACGUUAGAAGCUAAUUUGAUGUCUUCCUCAACGUCUGCUGACGGUACUUCUCAAACAAUCACAAUACAAAUACCGUCGAAACAUUUACAAGGUUCACUAUCAACAAGAGAAAAUUUCAACAAAAAUGAUUCUAUCAUUGAACAAGAGGAUGAAGAGACGAUGCAUUGCUUCUUAAAAAUUCCUAGAGAAGAGGAAGAAAGCAUAGAUACUGGUGGUAUAACAAUACCUGCAGAACCUGAAGAAAGAAGUAUUGAAAUGGAUAUUGGAGAGACAAACAUAACCAGUGAUAUUGAAGACGCGAAUAUGACAAAUAUUAAUAUUGAUUCAUGAAAUUAUGCAAUAUAAAAUAAUUAGUAUCGAAUAAUAAAAUGUCUUGCAGUACAUUUUAAGCAUGAUAACAUAAUUGUACAUAUCUCUAAAAAAUAGAGAAAACUAGUCAUGUGUAUUUAAUUAAAUUUUUUUAAAUAAAAUAAAUUAUCUUAAUAGAAA